AUGGGUACUCCAAACGACAGCUACUGUACAGAAAGAAGUGUCAACCAAUCAAACAUAACGCACAUAUUGGGGGCACAGACUGUGGAUCCUGUAACCCAUACUCCAAUGUCAACUGCCGGACCCUCGGCUAAAGUCCUUACCUUUGGUAGUACUUUAAGUCCUUUGGUUUCCGAAAAUAUUAAUUUUGAAACUGAUUUCAAUAACUUUGACAUUGAGAACCGACUACAAGGGGAAGGGCAGAGAAUAGAGAAUAUAACUGCAAAUCAACAAAUACCCCGACAAUCACCACAACCGUCCACAUCGACGGCAGUCGAGUCAUAUCAGAGACCACUUGUAUUACAACCUAAUGCCAGAAAUAAUACCCAAAUUCAUCAAAGAGGAGAUUUAGACGAUAAUGCCAUCGAUGAUAUAAUUCAUACAAUUGUCAAUAAAAUUAAUCUUGGACUUAUCACGCCUAAUGGCGACGAUCCAUUAUUAGGCAAAUUGAACGAAAUGAAUGAAGUUGAAAAUAUGGCAAGAUUAAAGGGUAAAACAAUUAGGGAGGAGUUGAAGCAGCCAGGUCGGCUACAAGAAUUUCUGAAUAACACUGGAUGGCAACAGGAAGCUAUUAUGAUAGCCAAUAUGUUCCGUAUGGACGACCCCUGGAAAUAUGGACCGACCAUUGAAUUACGAGUAAUAAACGCAUCGAUACUGAGAUCAGGAAAUUCGCGAUACUUUAAGAUGGAUUCCCGGCCCAGAGGUCGGGCCAUAGUGUUCGUGACCACUGAUGGUCUGAAGGAUGAGGUCGACCGAUGGAAGUCUAUUUUUAAACAGUUAGACUUCAAGUGCGAUACAUAUCGGGACGUCACCUGUUCUCAGAUAAGGACUGUAAUGAUGGGUAUGUCUGGUCAGCGGUUUAAUGCCGACGCACUCAUUGUGAUGGUUAUCGGUGGCGGGAAUGGCGGCAAGAUUUAUGGGUUUGGCGAGGGAUCUGACAAUGAGAUGUCGUUCACAGAAAUUGUGGACUCAUUUUCUGACACUAAUUGUGGACUAUUGACGUGUGAAUCCCUGUCCACCCCUUCUAUCUCUCGUGAACUGUUGUCGCCGUCCGUCGCGUGUCAUCCAUUCCCGACGUAUUCUGAUUGCAGUUCUGUUGGGCCGGGCGUUGGUUCUGUCCUUAGUAGCAUAUUUAUAACAAUCACUGUAGCGAUGUCAGGAUAUCGGGAAUGUGGUGUUUGUGGUCUCAAUAGCGCAAAUAACAUGAAUACUAAAAUUGGUGAGAAUUAUGUUCCCAAAGGGAGCGGUAUCUACACGUGUGAAAAGGACAGGCAAUGGUUUUAUAAAAAUGCUAAAUUAACGGAAGUGUGUCCUAAUGGGCAAAUGAGUGCAAACGAUCUGGAAAACUGUGACAUACAAAUUUGUAGGCCUUGUAAGCUUCACAAGUGUUUGAGAAUAGGAAUGAGACUGAAACAAAAGCCGCACAAUAUGCCACAAAACAGCGCCAGUCCUACGAAACGGUAUCGAAAUAACACGAUUGAUGACAUUGGGAUUGACUUAAAUCAGUGGUCAAAUGGCACUGUUGGCGGCAAAUGCAAUUACAAGGGUCAAUUAGCUACUAUUAGUGGCUUUAAUGGAUACACGGCUCAGUCGUACUCACAGUCCCUCAAUUCAGUAACAAAUAAUGGAUUUGAGACACAGCAGUGGUCAGGGUGCAACCUUGCAUCCAUUCAUCCAGAGGUAGGCCAGGAAAUAGAGAAUAUGAAUGCCAUUCAAGACAUUCUUCAACAAUCACUGGAACCAUCAGCUAAUACUUCAACGACAGUCGAGUCCUAUGAGACCAAUGCAACCAAUAAUAUACUAAUGGAUCAAACGGACGACUCGCACGAUAAGAUCAUCAAUGAUAUGAUUCAUACAUUAAUUAAUAAAAUUAACCUUGGCCAACAAAUGAUCAAGGAGAUUGCGGACGAGUUGAAACGGGAGGGUCAGGGUCGGUUUAAACAGCUGUUGGAUACGGCUGGACUGAGACUCCGGGAGGCCGAGGAUGUGCUCAAAAUGUUCAUAACGAAGGAGCCCUGGGAGUGCACCACUGAUGUCGAGUUAAAAGUGACAAAAGCAUCUAAACUGCGAUCAGGAGACUCGCGAUACUUUCAAAUGAAUUCCCAUCCGAGGGGUCGGGCCAUCAUAUUUGUGACCACAGAUGGCCUGAACGUCGAGAUAUUGCGGUGGUACUCCAUCUUCGCACAGUUAGACUUCAAGUGCGAGAUAUAUGUGGACUUCUCGUGCUCUCAGAUCAAGGAUAACCUGUUGGGGGUGUCGUGUCAGAGGUUGGCCGCCGACGCCCUGUUUGUGAUGGUUAUCGGCGGCGGAUUUGAUCAGAAGAUCUACGGUUACGGCAAUCGCGGAGUCGAUAAUGAGAUGUCGUUCACAGAAAUUGUGGACAUAUUCUCCGCUAAUAAUCCUAAGAGUGAUGUCUCUCUUCGGAUGAAACCGAAAAUAUUUGUUUUCAACACUUUCUCUAUUGCUAUGAAUUUAUGGCGUAACCCUGAUGAAGACGCUGAAACGACUAGCAGAUGA